AUGAAUGCUGCGAAAACGUUUAUAGCUCCGCUCACAGGAAGUCACUUGAACUCGACCGGGGGAAUCGGUUUAUGGCCGCUGGAUCUGCGAGAUUCAGUGUCUGAUUGUGAUUGUGUCCGAAUCACACGCCUAUCGGUGCCACGAGUGUACAUUCUCGAUAAUUACCAUCGGCAACACGACGAAAGCAACGAACUAUAUGCCGGCGGUGGUGGUGGUGGUCCUGGUCGAGAUAAAGCCAUCUAUCGGUACGAUACCGACACCGGUACGGAUGAGCUGGUACCGUCGCCUCGGGACCAGGACAGACGUCGACACAAUGAGCAUCUAAUUUUGGACUGCGAGUACGAGAUUGAUGCACACGAGAAAGGCUUCGUGCUCAAAUGGUACUUCAAUGGGAAGCUAAUCUACCAAUGGAUUCCCCCGAGACGUUCACCGCUCGGGUUUACCGCAAUGAAAUAUCAGGUCAAUCGGAGCUACACGGUCAGCGACGAGGAAAUGCACAAGCAUCGAGCGCUCGCACUGAUUAGGCCGCUGAAGAAUUUCACCGGCGAGUACGCGUGUGCCGUGUCGACGUUCCAAUCGGAGGAUACCCGGUCCGCUUCGAUGUUAGUGAUUGUUCCAGAAUCCAAUUUUGUUCUAAAAUACCACAAUAGUGACAUCAGCAACCUGGUAACGGUCCUCUGCAGCGUUUAUGGCAUCUUUCCUAUCCCAAUAUUGUCUCUUUGGAUCAAUGAACACCAGCUGGACAACGUAUCGAGCAACGUGUUGCUGACGCAAACCGAAUUGUAUGACAGUUUGAUCAGCAUCCAGCUGGUUCUGUACGAAAGCAUUCAACCGGAUGACGUCGUUAAGUGUAUGUUGGGUAUAAACGGAACGGAGUACUCUAAAACGAAAGAAACUGUAUUCAUAGAUGUAAAUAGUCAACCCGUGAUAGAGCACAACUCUGUCCUGGAUCCCGAAGGCAGCACUCCGAACGCGGUCAGUUCUUCCAGCGGAAGUCCUUUAACGUCAACCACAAGCUACGGCGAUACAACGUCGGCCACGACCAAACUGUCCAGUGAGUUGGAAGAAGAGCCGGUGGUGAAACCACCGUCAUCAACAUCCCAACCGCCGAUCGCGGUACUUCCGGCGGGAGGCGGUGGACAUACUUACCAGCUGGGACCGCCCCAGCAGCCACCGAUAGUUGUGCGACUCCGGCCAACGGCGGCACGAGUUCUGACUGUACAGCAGGCGAACCCGAACAUCGCUUCGUCGGACGAGGUUACCAAUGUGCUGGAUUUCAAGGAGGUUCCCUUCAACGAGAAUCUGCUGUAUAGUAAUAGCGGAAGCUCGCGAGCAGAUCCCAAGAAAAGUUGUUGGAUGUUACUGCUGCUACGACUCCUGGCACUAGUCACGUCCUUUGGCUUCCUGCUGAACAUCGCAGCUAACAAUCGGUUGUAAUAUUAGUCGUGAAUCGUUUCCGCACUCACGACAAGCAGCAGCGCACGAGUUUGAUUAGUGAGCGUCGUGGGAUUCAGCUUUCAUGUACGUGCGUGUAUGUGUCUGUGCAAGUAUCGUUCGUUUUUUCCCUCCUCUCCUCGUUAUGUUAGAGCUUUUCCGCUCACAACCUUCGUAAACCUUAAUUCGUAACUAGAUAAGGAAAAAAAUAAACGCGAUUGGAGAUAUUGGCCCAUUUUUUGUACAUUUUACAUGAAACGAGCGAGGAAGUGGCGUAAAAAAUUAAAUGAAAAUCUGGUGGGUGGGUGGCGUUGUAGUAAAACGAUAAAUUCACUAGAACUUAUUCCUGAUUGCAAUAAUCGUUUGAACUUGUUGAUUUGGUCAGGCUGUAAAUUUUCAAUAUCCAAUGACAAAGUAUCAUAACUCAAUGCCCAAUCCAAUUUAUGUGUGUGUCUGCUAGAAUAUCUGCUGCCUAGAGUAGGGUCAGGAAAAAAGUCACCAGAACCGACAAAUCUCGAGUACUUUUUCAAAUGGACGUAAGUAACAUUGAGAGCCUCUCUUUGUUUACUUUCUCUUUUGUUUAUUACGACGUCAUUACAACACUUUGUACUAAUUUUCCAGUACAUAUCGAAAGCCGACGGUUUUUACUACAAUAUUAUGCAAAGAGUAGAGUAGUAAAUGUUGAAAUGGCCGAGUAAUGAACAGAAGAGAAAGACCUCAAAGAGAAUCUCUCAUUGUUACUUACGUCCAUUUGAAAAAGUACUCGAGAAAUACAAAUAAGGCAAACUUUGAUUUAAGAUGUCUGGAAAAUAUGUCACCGCCUACUGCGCCCGCACCCACCGGCUUUUCAGCAAACAACAGUCAGAAGAAAAGUUGUACAUCACGCAAAUAUGAUUCGUUCGUUCAAAAUAAACAUAAGCAAAAAAAAAACUGGUGGGUAAACAGACGAAGAAAAAUGUCCUAAAAUUGGAAGCAGACGGAAGUCGUCCUCCCACACAUGUGUGUAUCUAUAAACAGAAUUUAUCUUUUAUAUAGCCGUACCAAAACAUUCGGCAAGAGCCAGCAGAACUUAUCCAAACCAGAGAAAAAGUGGAGAAAAGACGACGAUAGAAAAGAAAAACCUAGUGGAACAAACAAACAAAAAAAAAUAUAAAUCGCAAACAGUGUUUGGCUUUUGCUGUUUUUAUGUUCGGCCGGCUGCUCUGCUGUUGCUAGUAUUUUUUUUUAUCGAGAAGAGGACACUGUCCGGUUCAGCCGAGUCCCAGUAGUCCCAAACCCAGCCAAGAACGGAACAAGCCGAACUAUAGUCAAGGCAAGUCGAGACAGUAGACGAAAAACUUGAGACAAGUGCUACUCUACAUGUCUGGAGGAAAACUGUUUCAAUAAAAUUGAAGUAAAACUAGCUAUUUUGUGUUGUGCGCUGCAGAAAACUGCAGAAGAAAAAAACUAUUGCCAGAAUAGGCGAGCGGUCGGGCGGAAUCAUGGGGAAUUGUAUUCUUUUCCUGGUCGUUGAGAGGGUUGGGAUUUGGGACCGGCUAGCAGGAUUCUAAAAACAAAUAAAAUGGACUAUAAAUGUGAUAACCGCUCCGAUGUUGAAAACAAAACUGAAGACGACGACCGACGGAAGGACCGACGAUAGGAUUGAGAAAUUGAAAACUUGGUCGUCCUGCUAAUUGUGUAUCUUUAGUGUAUCUUGGAAGCUGCUAUGUACUUGCCUCGAGAGGCUUCAGCAAAAAAUGGCAAACAAGGCAGUAGGAUCUAACGGAGAAGAGGAGAUGCUUCUGGCUUUUGGCUGUUGAGACUUUAGAAAAUAUUCUGUAAGGGGGAAGGUGGCAGUCGAAGAUAUGAAAUAAGGACGAUGUAAUAUUUUUAGGAAUUGAAAAUUAAUUAAUUCAUCGUGUAAAUACUGCGAGGAUGAAGCAAACCGAAACCAAGCGAUUGUAUGACGAAGCAGGGAGGAAAUAAAGA